AUGAAGGAACCCUGGAGGCGGCUGCUAUGGAUCGAACAGGACUAUCCAGAUAACUACACGGAUCCAGAUUUUAUCCGAUUGAUCAAUGGUCUGCGAUACAACGGCAAGCGUGCUAAGCCGUCGAAAGACGCCACAUCGACGAAGAAGGUACGACGGAACCUGUUCAAUUUCUACAACAAAGUGCUGAAUACGCUCUUCAUCUACAUCGUGUUCACCCUUCUGCAAGAGAACAGGAUAAAUCCAAUUCCGCUGGCACUGGGAAUGACCACGGUCGUGCUCUGUCUUACAAACAGAACUCCCGACAAGAGAAGAGCAUUGAAUAUAAAGGCAUCGCUGGUUAUAAUUUUUGCAAUGCUGACUUUGUCACCAGUGCUGAAAUCGCUAUCCAAAACCACAGCGUCGGACUCCAUCUGGAUCUUGGCGUUUUGGCUGACGAUCGCUUACCUGGGUUCGCUGUCGACCGCGAGCAUCAGCCCGCCUUUGAACGUUUCCACCAACCUCUUGCUGGCGAUCGUCACUGUUUUGGCUUCGAGACUCAAGUCAACGACACACGUAUUCUGCUUUUUGUUGAGCUGCAUCGAGAUCAAUAUCAUACUGCCGAACUUGAUCAAGCUUUCGGACAAGUAUGUCUCAGUACUGUCUCACAUUUGCGUGUACUAUUUUGUCAAGACUUGGUUCGGCUGGCUCUACAUUUUGUUACUGGACUGUCUCGCCCUUUUCUACUUGUUCGUGAUACCUCAGUGGUUUGUGUACUGGCAGAUCCAUUACCGAGGUUACGAGUCAAGCUUGUCGAGGGUUUGGGAAGCACAAAAGCCCAUUCUGGAUUAA